GAGAAUAUGAAAUGUGUUGUGCAGGAAUCAGUUAUAAGAAAAUGUGAUGAAUUUGUAAUUAAUUUUAUCAAUUCGAAUACAUCGCGGGUUAUGGGGAAUAUCUUUCAUGAUAAAAAUUGGAAAGAAACUGAGGCUGAACUUGUAAAAGUAACUGAUCGCAUUCUUGGUACACUUGGUGAGAUAUUGAACAAUCCCGCAUUUUCGACCAGUGCAUCUCGUAGUGAGCAGAGUGAGGGAACAUAUAUAACUGAUGUAAUAGUUCCUCUGCUUCGUUCGACUUUGGGAAAUCUUCCAAAUGGUAUGGAUGAGAUGCGCAUAGGGAAGAAACCUGAUAUUAUGGGCUUGCUAAAAAGUGAUGAAAAAAGUAUAGAGUUGCUGUAUAUCGAGUCUUCACGCAUCAUCUGCAGUAAGUCAAAAAAAGAUGACGAUGAUGUGAAACUAUGGAGAGAAACUUUAGACGGGGCGAGUUUCAUAGGAUUAUCAUGUAGACCUUCUCAUCAGUUCGGAGUCGUUGGGAUUCAAGUUGCUGGUACGGUUAUGCGUUUAAAUGUUCUUGUGAAGGAUUCAGCUGGCAUACCGCGCG